AUGAGCAGAAUCGCCAAAGACAAGUAUCCCGAACUUUUUGCCGAUGACCGUCAAAUAGACAGACGCACUUGCAAGCGCAUCGUUCCCAUGAAAGUGUUGGUCUUAGGCCUUUGUCGUACCGGGACUGCCUCUAUUUGCGAAGCCCUUCGCCAACUUGGUUACGAAACGUACCAUAUGACUUCCCUCUUCGAAAACGCUCUCGAUGCAGAUAUGUGGAGGGAUGCCGUUGAGGCCAAAUACUUUGGCAAUGGGAAGCCGUUUGAGAGGAAGGAGUGGGAUCAGUUGUUGGGUCACUGCUCCGUAUGA